GGCCUAUAAGUGACAACUAGUUGACAGAGGUCUUUUCGUUCUAAAGCUUUUAAACGAAAGUUGUAUUUUCUUGUGCUGUUAACGUUUCGUGUCGAUAAAAAGGACUUAAAAAAUGCGUUACGUAGCUGCAUACCUUUUGGCUGCUCUUGGCGGUGCCGAAAACCCCAAAAAUGCUGAUCUUGAGAAGAUCCUUAGCUCUGUCGGUAUUGAAGUUGACUCGGAACGCCUCUCCAAGGUGAUCAAAGAAUUGAAUGGAAAGUCUAUUGAAGAACUGAUUGCUCAGGGUCGCGAGAAACUCUCGUCCAUGCCUGCUGGUGGUGCUGUAGCUGCCGCUGCUGCGCCAGCUGCUGGUGCUGCUGAUGCCGGUGCCGACAAGAAGGAAGCCAAGAAAGAAGAGAAGAAGGAAGAAUCGGAAUCUGAGGACGACGAUAUGGGCUUCGGUCUCUUCGAAUAAGCUACUAAUUAUUUUUAAAGGGGUCUGCCGGCAGCCGCUAGUGCAACAUAAUAAAAAAACGUGCAAAAACUUGGUUACCGCUCAAGUUUCAAUCAACGGCAUCAGCAUGGGGAGGGUUUAAAAUCAAUGAGAAAUUCCGUAAAGACAAACUAAGAUUUGUUUUUUUCUUUGGAGACUUGCAAUUUAACAAACCUAUACAACAAAGUUGAAUUUUAUUUCUAUGAAAUAAAAGAAAGUAAAGUUUUUACACGUUUAAACAAA